CCAGAAUGGAAAGGGAAUCUUACCACAACACAACCACGGUCAAUGAUACCCCAGUAAAUCACCAGCCUUUGGAACGCCAUGGAUUGUGGGAAGUCAUCACCAUAGCAUCUGUGACAGCUGUGGUAAGCCUGAUAACCAUCGUGGGUAACGUCUUGGUUAUGAUCUCUUUCAAAGUCAACAGUCAGCUCAAGACAGUUAACAACUAUUACCUGCUCAGCUUAGCCUGUGCAGACCUCAUCAUUGGCGUCUUCUCCAUGAACCUGUAUACUACCUACAUCCUCAUGGGACGCUGGGCUCUGGGGAGUCUGGCUUGUGACCUGUGGCUUGCACUGGACUACGUGGCCAGCAAUGCUUCUGUUAUGAACCUUCUGGUGAUCAGUUUUGACCGUUACUUUUCCAUCACAAGACCCCUGACAUACCGAGCCAAGCGUACUCCAAAGAGGGCUGGCAUCAUGAUUGGCUUGGCUUGGCUGAUCUCCUUCAUCCUCUGGGCCCCAGCGAUCCUCUGCUGGCAAUACUUGGUUGGGGAGCGGACAGUGCCCCCUGAUGAGUGCCAGAUCCAAUUCCUCUCAGAGCCCACUAUCACUUUUGGCACUGCCAUUGCUGCCUUCUACAUACCUGUUUCUGUCAUGACCAUCCUCUACUGCAGAAUCUACCGGGAAACAGAGAAGCGAACUAAGGACCUGGCUGACCUCCAGGGCUCUGAUUCUGUGGCAGAAGCUGAGAAGAGAAAGACAGCUCACCAGACUCUGCUCAGGUCUUGCUUUUGCUGCCCUCGGCCCACCCUAGCCCAGAGAGAUAAGAACCAGGCCUCUUGGUCAUCCUCCCGCAGGAGCACCUCCACAACUGGGAAGUCAUCCAAACCCACCGGCCCAAACACUGACUGGGCCAAAGCUGAGCAGCUCACUACCUGUAGCAGCUACCCUUCCUCAGAGGAUGAGGACAAGUCCACCACUGACCCUGUCUUCCAAGUGGUCUACAAGAGUCAGGCCAAGGAAAGCCCAAAGGAAGAAUUCAAUACUGAAGAGACCAAGGAAACUUUCAUGAAAGCUCAAACUGAGAAAAAUGACUAUGACACCAAAAACUACUUCCUUUCUCCAGCUGCUGCUCAUAGACCCAAGAAUCAGAAAUGUGUGGCCUAUAAGUUCCGAUUAGUGGUAAAAGCUGACGGAACCCAGGAGAACAACAAUGGCUGUCACAAGGUGAAAAUCAUGCCCUGCUCCUUCUCAGUGUCCAAGGACCCUUCAACAAAAGGUCUUGAUCCCAACCUCAGCCAUCAAAUGACCAAACGAAAGAGAAUGGUCCUUGUCAAGGAGAGGAAAGCAGCCCAGACCUUGAGUGCCAUUCUUCUGGCUUUCAUCAUCACAUGGACCCCUUAUAACAUCAUGGUCCUGGUUUCCACCUUCUGCGAAAAGUGUGUCCCGGUCACACUGUGGCACUUGGGCUACUGGCUGUGCUAUGUCAACAGCACUGUCAACCCCAUCUGCUAUGCCCUCUGCAACAGAACCUUCAGGAAGACCUUUAAGAUGCUGCUUCUCUGCAGAUGGAAAAAGAAAAAAGUGGAAGAGAAGUUGUACUGGCAGGGCAACAGCAAGUUACCAUGAAAAGUUAACUCCCCUCUAAAGAGUGACCUCAGUCAACUUCCCCUGAGGAUGAGUGAGCUGACUUGGGCUUGUUUAUUUUCAAAAAGACUUCUGUCAUUCUGUGUUCUUGAGGACUUUGUGAAGACUUGAGUUCUGUUGCCAACAAAGAAGGAGCUGCAGCAAUUGCUGCCAUAUUGAAUGAUUCUGGUCUAUGACGAAGGUUGCUGAUGCCACUGGAGUUUGCUAUUGAAGUAAAAAAGACAGACCCAUGGCCCUUCAUGGGAGGAGGCAUCCUGGGUCACAGCAAACAGGGACUGAGGGAACCUGGGUUAACCAGCUGUGGGGGACAGCAGGAAGGGGUGGAAGGCUUCCCUUGUGGAAACAUGUCAUACGGUUUUGUGCAAUAUGCAUGUGUCUAUGACAUCAUCUCAUACCACUGGGAAAGAGGAGAAUGUAAGUCAGUGUCACCUGGUAACAAGAAUGAUAUUCAAGUGACUUCUAAGAAUAUAUUUCUUCAUUAACUGAUCAGUAUUUAUUACUCAGCUAUUAUGUGGUCUGUACCGUGCUAUCUCUUCCUGACCCUACAUCUGAGUGAAGCGCUUGCUCCUCCCCAUCACAACCAAUUCCGAUUCCUAGGACCUACUGACUCGAUGCUGAAGCCCAGGGAACCAUCCUCCCUCACAGAAAGCAUCCUGGCGCUGGAGGACACUGGAACCUGAA